AUGGAUGAAGAGAUCGGGUCACUUCACAAGAACCAGACUUGGGAGUUGGUGCAACUUCCAAAAGGCAAGAAAGCAAUUGGGUGCAAGUGGGUUUACACCAAGAAUGAAGACUACAAUGAGGUAUUCUCACCUGUUGUGAAGCACACGUCUAUUCGCAUCUUGUUAGUUUUGGUUGCACAGUUUGAUCUCGAGCUCGCCCAACUCGAUAUCAAAACUACUUUCUUACAUAGAGAUGUUGAAGAGGAGAUAUACAUGUCCCAGCCAGAUGGUUUCAAAAUUGUUGGAAAAGAGAAUUGGGCCUGUAAGCUGAACAAAUCGUUGUACGGAUUGAAGCAAUCCCCGAGACAGUGGUACAAGCGAUUUGAUCGGUUCAUGAUAGAGACAGAAUACACAAAAAGUCAAUUUGAUCAUUGUGUAUAUUUCCGUAAGCUUCCCGACGGUUCCUUCAUCUAUUUGCUCUUAUAUGGAGAUGAUAUGCUGAUUGCAUCUACGAGCAAGGUGGAGAUUGACAAACUCAAGGCACAGUUAGCAAGGGAGUUUGAAAUGAAGGAUUUGGGAGAAGUAAAGAAAGUUCUUGGCAUGGAGAUCAAGAGAGACAGGAAGAAGGGCACGGUUUGUCUGACACAAACCCAGUAUCUGAAAAAGGUGUUAGACAGAUUUGGCAUCAAUGGGAAAACCAAAGCUGUAAGUACACCAUUGGCCCCUCAUUUCAAGCUUAGUGCUUCGUUGUCUCCACGCACAGAAGAAGAAUGGAAGCAUAUGGCACAGGUUCCACAUGCAAAUGCAGUUGGUGCAUUAAUGUAUGCUAUGGUUUGUACACGGCCUGACAUCUCGCAUGCUGUGAGUAUGGUAAGCAGGUAUCUGCAUGAUCCAGGAAAAGAUCACUGGCAGGCAGUGAAAUGGAUCCUAAGUUCCCUGGUGUGCCCCCGAUCCGCAACACGUUCGAAAAAAGUCCUAACUAACCCAAAGAACCCAGCAAGCCCACUAUUGCUAAUCAAAGCAGCGAAGAAGAGAUCACAAAAUUCUGCACAAGGCCUCCAGAGGCAGCCCAAGAAGGACCUCUCUCGUAUUUUGAGAACCGAGGCUGCCAUUAAAGCCAUUGAGAGAAAAGCAAACUCAACCAAGUACAAUCGGUUGUGGCCCAAAGCAGUCUUGGAGGCUCUUGACGAUGCAAUACGAGAGCACCGCUGGCAGUCCGCUCUCAAGAUAUUCAAUCUUCUUCGUAAGCAACAUUGGUAUGAGCCAAGAUGCCAAACGUACACAAAGCUGUUGGUGUUGCUCGGCAAGUGCAGACAGCCCAAACAAGCAAGUUUGCUUUUUGAGAUCUUGAGGUCUGAUGGCCUCCAACCCACUCUUGAUGUUUACACUGCACUUGUGGGUGCAUAUGGUCUCAGUGGCCUCCUUGUUGAGGCAUUUCAUACUGUUGACCAUAUGAAGUCAGUGUCCGACUGCAAACCAGAUGUGUAUACAUAUUCGAUUCUUAUCAACUGCUGCACUAAACUCCAUCGUUUUGAUCUCAUUGAACACAUACUUGCUGAAAUGUCAUACUUGGGAAUUGAAUGUACCACAGUAACAUACAAUACUAUAAUUGAUGGAUAUGGUAAGGCUGAACUGUUUGAACUGAUGGAGAACUCAUUUAUGGACAUGACUGAAAGUGGCACUUGCCUUCCACAUGUUUUCACAUUUAAUUCAUUUAUUGGGGCGUAUGGGAACUCCGGGAAGAUUAAGGAAAUGGAGAAGUGGUUUGAUGAAUUUCAGCUAAUGGGGAUAAGGCCUGACAUAAAGACGUUUAACAUCCUAAUUAGAUCAUCAAUGUGUUGAUCAAAUAUGUAUGAGAAGAUGGGUUCUGUUAUGGAAUUUAUGAGGAAAAGAUUAUACUCCCCAACAAUUGUCACUUUUAAUAUUGUUAUUGAGACGUUUGGGAUGGCUGGAAAUAUUGAGAAGAUGGAAGAAUUCUUUCUGAAAAUGAAGCAUCAAGGAAUAAAGCCUAACUCUGUUACCUACUGCUCUCUUGUUAGUUCUUAUAGUAAAGCUGGACUUUUGAGGAAGGUUGAUUCAAUUAUGAGGCAAGUAGAGAAUUCUGAUGUAGUUCUGGAUACUCCAUUUUUCAACUGCAUCAUAUAUGGUCAGGCUGGUGAUAUUACAAAGAUGGGUGAGUUAUUCUUGACAAUGAAAGGGAGAAAUUAUAAGCCGGACAAUAUCACCUUUGCUACCAUGAUCCAAGCCUACAAUGCUCAAGGCAUGAUUGAGGCUGCUGAAGAUUUGGAGAAUAAGUUGAUUACUGCUGAGGGAAAGCUAGGUAUCCUUCAAUAGUUACCACUUUGCCAAAUGUAUGUGUUUCUGGUUAAUGAAGCAUGAAGUUCUUGACAGGGCCACAUUUUAUUAGUUUCUUUUCAGCCAUUUUGUUUAGGUAGAAAUGGCUGAAUCAUUUUUGUAUUCUAGGAAAUUGAAUUGAAACAUUAGUGGAAGACCAAAAUUCUAAUGUUUCCACUGAACCACUACAAAACAUACUGAAAUAAUGAGUUGUUUCGACAUUUAUUAGGAAUAUCCAACAAUGUUUA